CACCACUAGAGGUGGAACCUGCAGCAUUAGAAACUGGAGCAGCAGCAGCCGGUACAGGAGCGCUGGUAACGUCUUUCCGUAGCGAUGAGCUCGAGGGCGUCCUCAAGAGAGAAGCGGGAGUGCCGCCACCCAACUUGACUCGCUCUGUACUCUUUCGCAGAGUCGGAGUUCCUGAACGGGAAGCGGGCCUUUCGACUUGAGUACGGGGAGUCGGUUCAGCGCUCUUCUGCGUGAUUUCGUCGAUGAAUGCUAGAACCUCGGCUUCACCACCCUGCGCGCUAGGUUGAGUUGUACCGACGGCAGGGGCCCCGCGAGAGUCGGACGAUGGAGGUGCAAAGUUAUCGAGGUCGUCAAGAAAUGCCAGAGCCUCUUCUUGUUUGGAUUUUGCCUUCGACAUGUUGAAAGUCUUCCUGAGAGUCUGAGCUGAGCCGUGACGAGAUGGUGUGUGUCACGUAUCAGCGCCUGCUUCUCCAAUCUCAAUCUUAUCAAAUAACACAGAGCAACAUGGGGAAAGACACUAAACGGAAACGAGAUGAAUCAGAGGAAGAAGAGGAGGAGGGCUAUGUUGUAGAGGUUAUAACGAAAGCUCGAGUCGUGAAUCCUGGACCUGAUUCACCACACAGACAAGGCAAUUGGGAAUACUACGUGAAGUGGGUGGGCUAUGACGAAGACGAAGAUUCAUGGGAGCCUGCCGAGAAUGUCGCAGCAUGCCAAAGACUUCUUACGAGCUUCUGGAGCAACGUCGGGACAGAUGACAAUGACUAUCCCGUGGGUUAUGAGGUCGAGGCGAAACCGGCGUGGAUCAGUACGUCGACAACUGCUCUAACCGGCUCUCAGAUGCUGACCAAGGCAGGGAAGGAGCGUAAACGGGCAAAAGAUGAAUUAGCGAAAGAGAAGGAGGAAGCUCGGAGACAGCAGGAAAGAGCUGAGCGAAGGAAGGAGGCAAAGAUCGCGGCACUGAAAGCGGCAAAGACAGAGCGCAAGCGAAAUGGAUCCUCCUCACGGAGCGUAUCUGCGGCAUCUGUCUCCAGGCCUCCCACAAAGAGCAAAGCUGCAUCGAAGACAGUGGCGGCACCACCCAAGAAAAAGUCGAAAAUGCAGGAGUCCUCUUCUGAAACGGAGUCGGAGGAGGAAGUACCUUUGUCCCGGUUCCAAAAGUCUCAACCAGAAACUUCGAACAAAGGGAAAGGGAAAGGGAAAGGAAGACAAGAUUCGGACAAGGUGUGGCUGCAGAUCUUGCGGAUCUCUGUCGGACUGCUUCUCACCCUCCAUGUCCUACAGGGCGCGAAAUCCAACGCAAGCACUUCAGCCGCAAAACGGGACGAUACCAGCAAAGCUCCGAGAAUUGCGUCUCCAAUCAACGCUGCGGCAGCGGCAGCGGCCGCAGAACUGUUCCCACCCAGCCCGCCGGGUUCUCCUCAGAUCAGUCUCAGCGUUCAGAUUGCCAAAGCGAAAAGUCCAAUCCCACCACCCCAAACUAUGGCUUCAACCCUCAAACAGGCAGAAAAACCGACAUCAUUGCCUGUUCUCUCUAAGCCAGCAACUGCUCCGACAGCCUCGCGAUUUCCAUCCUCGAGCAAAACUACUGUAAUUCCUGGGGCGACUACCUUGAAGACAUCGAGGCCCCCCCUCCCCUCUCGGGCCACGGCUUCGUCGAAUCCACCCGCUGUACCGUCUCCAAUACCGCAAGUCGGGAUCAGCACCAAGAUGAGACUUGGUCAAGCUGCUCUGGCUCUGGAGAAGGCCAAUUCUACCGACAUUCCCCGUCGGAUUGCCCCGAAUCUCUCCCACAUGAAGAUCAAAAAAUAUCCAAAGAUAUCUGACGCUGCAAGUAGCAGUAACAUGCCUGCUGCAAGCAGCAGCUCAUCAGCACCAGCAAGGCUUGCACUGCCCAAGCGGCCCAAGCCUGCUCCGGACCCGAUUUUCGAUGAUGCAGACGAUAUGGGGAUGCAAGUUGAUCCGUUGCCCGAUGUACCAACGUCCGCUACGCUGGAUGCUGUUCCACAACAGGAGAUAGAAUCGGCCCCAUUAGUUUCCCGGCGACUAGGCGCUCCCACAACAAACGUGAGGGAUGUAGAAGACUUUCUUAAAAAUAUCACUCUACCGCAACCAAAGCCGCCUCCAGCUGCUCCUACUGCGAUACAGAAGCGAUUCCGUUGGGCCGGAAAGCUCAUUUCUCCGGCUGCAGAGGCUUUAGAAAUCCUACUAGAAGACACGUUUCUACCUCUGGGCCAAGCCAAAGCCCCAACGCUGACUAUCAGUGAUGCAUUGGGAUCAGUUGACCAGCUCGAGCUCUCGGGGUUUUCUGAUGUGGCGGACAUUGCCCAUUACCUCAAAACUUGUCGAACGGAGUUCCAGCUGAGUCGUCUCGACUCACCCUCAGAGUCAGACGGCAUCAAGUUGCGUCACAUUGAAAAGUACUUGAUCAAGAAAAGACAAGGCGCAUUGAUUCCAGUCAAGGAGGGCACUCGGUGCCUACUGUUGAUUCCCACGGCAUUUAGGACGCCGCCGCCGUUUCCCCGACCUCCUCUGGAUAUGCCUGCCAGUCUGUUCAUUGCCAUCUUGAUUCCGGGCACAGGGAUGAUCGGUGCAAACAACUCGCUUUCGAGGAGCCACCGCCCGAGCAAGUACGAUCUCGGAUUACGGAUCCUUGACUUUCCUGCCGGCCUCCAUCAGUGGAUGAAAAAGCCACAUCGCGAUUACGCGAUCUGGCCUCCCUUCGAUCCACAGGCACCAGCGACGUCGGCACCGGAUUAUCACGUUCACCGUCAAACAGAAUAUCUCGUCGAGAUUCUCGAUCAGUGCAAGGCACAGCGAGUAGGGUUCAAAAAGGAAUCUCGAGUCGUUUUUGUCCAUGUCAAGGCACUAGCCACUAUCCGCAAGCUCCCGGGCAUCGCGGAAAAGCGAAGCAAAAGUUGUGGCGUUCAUUUCUAUACCUUUGGAAUGCAUGAGACAGUGCCGCGCUACAACUGGGGUGUGCAUGAAAUAUACCCGCUCGGUCGGUUUCUCUGCCGUGCUUUGAUCCAACAGGAAUUUAAACUUGUUGCAGGCGGAGUAGUGACCUUCACCCCUGGAUCUCUCUGCGAGGAUCCGUGGGGGACUGUGACCCGAAUGCUUCUGAUCGCUAAACAUCCACUAUGGACCUGUUACAUCCUCCCCUCUGUUUUGGGAAUGGCCGCAAAGCUUUGGGAUUCGCAAAGCGAUCCUCUCGCUGCUCUCGAUUCAGGCACCUUUGUCUUCGAGACGCUACUGAAAGCUAUCGGCAAUGGCCACGUGUCCGUAUUCCAGGCUCCGCCUCCGAACGAAGAAGCCAACGACUGGGUUCGAGAGACCUGGCUUGCGCGACCUACUGAGCCCAGAGACUUUCUUGAAUACUGCAUGAAUGUGUUCAGUGCCAAAUACUUGAACGUGACCCAAGACGAACGGCUGGGUUCAAUUGAGACAGAAAUAUCCGACGAUCUCUCUCGAAUACAGAUCCAGCCCAGCAUAAUGCGGCGUUACCGAAGAUUUGUUGUCAUCCAGGCGGAAACAGACGCGCCCAGCGAAGCCAACAAAGAAGGGGCAACUCGAAUGGUUGACCGCUGGCACGUUCUCGAUGAAUGACGACUUUCAAUCUAAAGCCAACUUUCCUCGCCUAGUAUUAUAGUUUUUCCGUACAUGAUUUUCAAAUGUUCGCAAGCAUGUGAUAAAUGCAUAUGAGCUAGUGCGGCCACGCUCGGGCCGAGUCCAGCUUCGACCACAACCACGACGGGUUUAUUCGCGCCUCAUAGAUGGAUACGUCUGCGCUCGAUUCCAUUCUCUCCAACCCCGGUUUCCAGCCGUACCUUGCCAUCAUCAAGGGCGCCCGCAAUGGCUUCGUUUAUGGCGCCAAAGUCCGAUUUCCUCAUGCGCUUGUGAUGGCUAUACUAUUUGGUCGCGGCGACUGGAGAUCCCGUGCCACUCACAUCUUCCGCGCCACGAAACAACAUGCGUUCAAUCUUGCUAAAUUCGUGACGCUCUACAAAGUCUUCAUGCUCGUUCAGAACAAGGCAAACGGUGGGAAACCGCGGAACUCGGAUACAUUCCUGGCUGGCCUCUUGGGUGGAUAUAUCGUGUUCGGAGAAAGGACAGCGGUGAACGAACAGAUCGUCCUCUACGUUGUGUCGCGCGUGAUCACGUCGUUCCUGCCUCGGAUCUCUUCCGCGACCUCUGCUCCUCCCGUGUCCCGAGACUCUGUUCGGCCCGUACCUCCAGAUUCGCGAUACUUCACUGUCCUGGCUGCCCUUGCUUGGGGAAGCAUCAUGUGGCUAUUCGAGGAGCGAGGGCAAACGAUUCAACCUGGUCUCUUCAACUCGAUGACCUACUUGUAUCGGGACAGCGAGCGAUGGAAGAACCUCAAGACUCUUCUCUGGCAUAAUCAAUAAUGCAUUUACGAUACCCUCGCACUAUAGACGUUCUGUUCUAAUCAGAUAAACUGGGACUUAUGUCUGCGGAACCGAUACGUCUGCUGACAUCUCGUUCAACCGUCUGGGCAGUCUCCGACACUUGUAUGCCAGCAGGUCGACGACCGCAGUCAAGGCCUUCUUGCAGAUCUCGCAUUGGUCGAAGGGCUUGACGUCCAGCAGGUUUUCGGCGAUUUCGCCCGCUACAUCGGUAUCUGGAACGUGUCAGAAAGCGAGCG